UCAUCGCCGUCGCCGUCGUCGUCGUCGUCGUUCUCGCGAGGAAAUUGAUUCUGCGCGAAACGACGGGGGUACACCAGCGGAGCCGUGCACCACCAGCAGAGAGGAGCCGGGCUCGGUGGGCCGCGCAUACUCUAGCGGCUAAUAUUCGCGAGUCGAGUCGUGAGGUCCGCGUAGCCGCACGCACUACGUUGCCCGCCGCGUCCGCUGUCCGCCGUUCGCUGUCCGCCGCCGUCGGCGACCCCGAUUUAUCAGCGUGUAUUAUGUAAGGGGGAUGUUGCAAUCAUCAUCGUCGUUGCCGUUGUGUCACCGUCACCGUCGCCGUCGCCGUCACUGUCGUCGUUCCCCUGCGCUACGACACACGCGCUUCGUGUAAUUGGCUGCUGCUGCUGCUGUCGUCGUCGUCGUCGUCGUCGUCGUCGUCGUUGUCGGCGCCGUUGCUACUGAAGAGCCGCAGGAGAGACACGGAGCGCACGGAGAGGUGCCUCUCCGACAUGCGAAGAGACGCGUCCGUCGCAAGGACGAACAACGAGAGUGGAUCGCAGGCAGCCUCAGUCAGACUCCCGUCCGUCGAGCAACGACAGGAGCAUCCAUGGAACUGAAAAUCCUGCUGUGGGUUCACAUCGUGGGAAUCUGCUCGGGUCUGCGCGAGGUACGCAUCCAGAUACCGACGGCCGUGAAGAAGGAUGACUCGGCGAUACUGAAUUGUUGGUACGACACCGAGGGCGACCCGCUGUACGCCGUCAAGUGGUACAAAGGGGGUCGAGAGUUUUAUCGCUAUGCCCCGAACGAGAAUCCGGCCGUCAAGACUUUCCCCAUCGGAAAUCUGACGGUGAAGAAAACCGAGAGCAACGCGACGCAAGUCGUGCUGACGAAGUUGGAAUUGGAGGCGGCGGGCGAGUACAGCUGCGAGGUAUCAGCCGAUGCACCUUCCUUCCACACGGCUUUAGUUUACGCGACGAUGAACGUCGUCGAAUUGCCCUCCCAGAUGCCGUCGAUACAGGGUCUGAAGAGGAAAUACCGUGUCGACGAUCCGCUGCGUUUGAACUGCACAUCCGGCCGGAGCAAACCCGCCGCGAAUCUCACUUGGUACAUCAACGAUCGACAGCCCCUCACGUCGCACGUCCGCAAGUACAGCCCGCUCGACACGAACGAGUCGGAGUGGCAGGUCUCCCAGAUCGGGCUGCAGUUUCUGGUUACGCACGACCAUUUCAUGAGCGGCAAGCUCAAGAUACGCUGCAGCGCGUCGAUAUACGACAUUUACUGGCAGAGCACGGAGGUCAGCACCGAGGAGGACCGGCCGCGGAUGAUACACUACGAGCCGGCCGCGACUAUCGUCGGCAUCAACUACCUGCAACCGCCGCCGAAUUUCCAGACCGGCCAGAAGAAGCCGGACGGCCAGGUCGGAGUGAAAGUGCUGGGGUCCCCCGCGAUGAGUCCGCGGCCGUCGGCGAGGUUCGCGUUGGAAUUGUUUGCGCUUCUUCUAAUCGCCAUUCGUUAAGCAUAAUUCAUCGUUCGAGCGCGCUUUGGAACACUUUGCGUAUGUCGACGUGCUUGUCGUGAGAGAGGGCUCGAGGCGCUUUGUGCGAUGAUGACGUUUCCUCUACGGGAUAUCCUCGGGUCGCCGGCCACCACCGCCGCCUCCGCCGCCGCCACCAGCGUCGCUGCCGCCGUCACCAUCACCGUCGCAGCGAGUCGACAGCAGCGAUACACAAUACCCGGGGAGCGAAUACAGAGACAAACCUCCUCGGCUGCAUGUCGAGGCGGUGGAAAGCUGAAAGGCGCGUGACGUCGGUUCGGAAUGGAAGUGAGACUGAGAGAGAGAGAGAGAGAGAGAGAGAGAGAGGGAGAGAGGGGAGGAGGAACGGAGGGAGGAGGAAAUGUUCGAGAGAAAAGGUCGUGAGAAAAUCGACAGCGAUACGAGAGCGAGACAUCCCCCUUCAAGACGUUCACUCAUCCGAUCAACGAAUG